AUGAAUAAGCUUUAUAUUCAAAUUGUUUUAUUUAUUUUAACCAUCUCCCUAUAUGUGAAUAAUAAAACCCUUGCAACUGAACUUGCUUCAGGAGAAAAUGCAACAUCCGAAUCAGCAUAUUAUUAUCUUACUCCAGAAGAAUUAUAUGAAAAAAACAAGCACCUAUUAUGUACCGAUCCAGAAGAAACUAUAAACGCAGAAAAACUUAUGAACGAGGUUGUAACACAUUUAAAAUAUCAUGCUACAAGUAAUGAUGAUUAUAAAUUAUGUAGAAAAAAUCCUGGUAUUAGUAUGUUUGUUUAUAAAAAAAAACAUCAAGACCAUACAGAUGUUCAAAAAAUUAAAUUUAAAUUUUAUGAUUCCGAUAAGUAUAAUGGAAUAAUAAACAUGUUAUGGAAUCCCAAUCAUCUCAAUCCUUUUAAUACUGGCUUUGUUAAAAUUGUCCGUGUGUACAAUCCAAAUUUAGUAAUGAUACAACAACGUUACAAAAAAAAAUUUGGACGCCGUCAGAAAUAUUUUUAUGCUUUAGCUACAAAGGUUGAAGUAUCAGAAGACACAACUAUAAUUGCCUAUACGUCAGCAAAUAUAAAUGAUCACAACCCUUCCAAUAAAAAACAUCAAAACACAAUAAUAGAAAACUCUAGUUUAUUCAUAACUGACAUUGAUUCUGAAGAAGAUAUUAGAAAAGGAAAAUUAAAAAAAACGUUUGUUAACUUAAUUGGAUACCUCAUUGAAAAAAAAAAAAGAUUUGUUGAUGUCACUUAUAUCGAAUCUAUUGAUGGGCAUGCUUCCUUUUAA